UCAAUUAGUUUCAAUGGAUACAUUAACUGUGUUAAUGGCUUUAGCGCCUGUGCUAUGACUUGUGAUGACAUUAUAAGAGAAGUAGAAAGUUGUGGUCGUGAAAUAGUACCAUUAGGAUUUGAUUUAGAGUGGCCUUUCAGUUUUCAAACAGGAAGUGGAAAAGUUGCAUUAGCACAAAUUUGUUUCAAUAAUAGUGCCUGUCAUCUAUUACAUAUAUAUUCAUUAAAGAAAUUACCUGCAGCAUUUGUAAUUCUUUUAAGUCACCCAAAAGUAAGAUUAGUUGGUGUCAAUAUAAAGAACGACAUUUGGAAGUUGGGCAGAGAUUUUAAUGAAUUUCCUGCCUCUGAAGUUGUUCAAAAUAAUUGUAUAGAUAGUGGUACAUUUGCCAAUCGAGUAUUAAAUAGAUCUUGCCGUUGGAGCUUAGCAAAAUUAACAGCAUAUUUGUUAAAAAAAAAACUUGAUAAGAAUUCAAAAGUGAGAAUGAGUCAAUGGCAUGUAUAUCCUUUAAGUGAAGAACAAAAAAUGUAUGCUGCAACAGAUGCAUAUGUUUCCUGGCUUCUACAUACAAAUAUACAAGAAGAAGCAGAUAUAAGGAAUACUAAGAAUGAAGUGACAUGUGAUAGUAUUUAAGUUAUAUAAAUGUACAGAAGUAUACUAAAUCAAAUUCUGAAGGUUCACAAUUGCAAAACAAAUACUUUUGGUCCAUUA